AUGAGUCUCAUAGAAUGUGUGUUUAUUGUUGAUGAAGAGGAUAACCUCAUUUUUGAGUACACUGUAAAGCCAUCGAGUCCAACAUAUUCAUACGUGCACGAACAAUUGUUGAGAAUAGCGACUGAUAAUUCCUUUAGCAAUACAUCUGAUUUUUCUACACCUAAAUGCAUUCACUGCUUUACUUCGGAUGCCGUUAUUGAUAGUGUUCUUGAAAUUGAUUCGAAAUGGAGGGUUGCUUGGAAUAGGGUUGAUAAUGUUUACUUAAUUGCUGUCGGAAGAAUUGCAUCACGCUAUGUUGAUGUUUAUAGUGACGACGAGGAUAAUGAUGAGGAUGAAGACGAAAAUGAUGUUGAUGUUGAGGUUGAGGAUGAUGACAGCAGCAAUAGUAAUGAUAAAUCAGAUGCUAAUGGAGAAAAUAGCGAGAAGAGUUAUGAUGAGGAUGCAAGCAAUACUUUACAACCGUUAGAUGAGCAAGAUUCCAUCGAUGAUCAGAACAAAGUAAAUGAUGGAUCUUCUCCAGUGAAUAGUGAGAAGAAUAUGAAUUUGGGAUCUGAUUCUAAUUCUGUAUCGAGAAAGCCAUUGGUUAGCAUGAACAUUAAUCCGGCUCAAUACUUUGACUUUUUCAAAACUUUUAGUUUUGUUGCAAAGGUGUUCUUAGAAACGAAAAGAUUAACACCAGCGAACGUCACUAGAUAUAGUUAUAGGUUGGUGUUCCUUUUACAGGUUAUGAUAGACGGCUCAUCUCCAUAUAUCACUGAUUUGAAUCAACUCCGAGAGCUUUUACCAAAUGAUAGCAUUUUUAAAAAGAUUUUAUCCACCACAAGGCAGAUACAGCAAACAGCCUCCAAGUCAAUUCAAACCAUGAAUCAGAUUAAUAACUCCUUAGAUCGUGGUUUAAAUCUCUCUCGUAUACGAAAUUCAUCAAUAUUUGAAAAGUCAGGAAAUCAGGUGCCAUGGAGAGAAGCCAACCUCAAAUAUACACAGAACGAAAUGUUUGUCGAUGUUGUUGAAAAGAUUGAUUACAUUAUUCCAAGAUCUGGCUCGAUUAACAACACAUCAGCAUCCAUUUUGAAUCUUGGAUCUGCAUACUAUGAAUUGCCCGGAGUCAAUUCGAACAGUGCUCCCACCAGAAAGCAUAACGGCACCCCGGUCGUUGCUGCAAUCAACGGGAAAAUUACGUUCAAUUCAAGUCUUAGUGGGAUGCCAAAAAUCCAACUGGUACUAGAUCUUUCAAGGCAUAAUAUUGGUGUUCCAAUGUUUCAUCGAUGCGUAGAUCUUGGAACGUGGACAAAUACUGGUCAUGUCAUCGAAUUUAUUCCUCCAAACGAGAAAUUUAUAUUGAUGCAGUACAGAUUGAAUCUUUUGUCCAAUAGUGAGAGGGAAAGUCCUAGAAAUCCCUCUUAUUACACGGGACUUGUUAGCACUACAUUUUCAUCUGGACUCGGAUUAGCGAAAAAUGUUUUCGUCGUUAAUGUGCACACAAAUACAGAUUCCUCGGUUAAAUCUAUUAAUGAUCUUGACAUUGAAAUACGACUGCCCGCCCCAAAAAGUACAGUUAACUGGAUUGUUAAGGUUCUGCGAAUCACACAGGGUAGUCUAGAGCUUAAGUCGCCUGGUGAGUAUCAUUGGGUAUUUGAUAAGGAAACUCCUCUCGGCAUGUCAUUCACUCUUAGGGGAGAAAUUAAGCGCGAAGGUGAAGAGGAUGUUGAUCCUAGUAGUAUCCCUGGGUUUGAUUCAUCAAAAAUUACAGCCGUUGAACCUAUGUAUCUGAAAGUUGGAUACCAGAAUAAGGGAAGUGUUCCAAGCGGCAUCUCAGUAAAAUCACUAAAUAUUAUUUCCGGUCUUCCUGGCAAGGUGAAACCUUACAAAGGUGUCAAAUAUACAACUCUUACGGGGGAUGUUCAAGUGAGGUAA